AUGAAGACCACGGUUCUUCUCGCUGCAGGCCUGGCGGCAGUCCGUCACGCGUCUGCCGCCUACGACGCGACCAUCUGCGGCAGGGAGAACAAGUACACCAGCGAGGACACCCAGUUUAUCUUUCAGUCCAACGCCUGGAACCCCGUUGGUGAUGGUUCCUCGUGUGUCUCGGUCGACCAGGCGAUUCCGGCGUUUGACGCCACCUGGAACUGGGAGGAGGACAAGAACAAUGUUCACUCGUUCCCCCAUGUGCGCUUCAACUCAACGAAGCUGCCGACGAAGCUGAGCGACAUCAAGACCAUGCGCCUCACGGCAGACUGGACCAUGCGCAAGACGACGUCGGUGAACGACCCGCCUCGCGACUUCUCCGCGAGCGCCUGGUCCGAGAAUAAGGAGGAGCUUGACGGUGUCGUAUCCAACGCCGCCUGGGACUUCUUCGUCGACAAGAACAAGUCGAGGACCUACAACCCCAUCGACUCGGAGGCUGAGAUCAUGAUCUGGUUGGGCAAGGUCGGGAACCCGUACCCGCUGAUGGGCGACUCCAUCUUGACCAACAUCACGCUGGGAAGCACCGAGUUCUCCCUCUGGUACGAGACCAACCAACGCGAGCAAAAGGUCUUCACUUGGGUCACGCGCGACGGGUCGGAUGUCACCCAGUUCGACGAGGACAUCACGCCGCUUCUCAAGUUCGUGCUCGAGUCUGGUGAGAUUGACGAGGACUCGUGGCUCGGCCUCGUCGAGUUCGGCUCCGAGGCGUGGCACUCGCCUGAGAACGUCACGUUCAGCGCCGCACACUUCAGCAUGGAGCUGGACAACGGCGAGAGCGGUUCCGGCAGUGGAUCUAGCGGCGGUGGUGACGAGAACGCGGCAGGACAAUACGGGUUCCCGGCGUUGUUCCUGGUGUCAUUGUUCGCGAUGGGCGUUUUCAUGUUCUAA